UGCUGUUUACGCUAGACUCUCUUGGCUCCUUUGGCCAACUCCAUUUAUGCAUUUUUGGCUCUUGAAAACAUGCAAACCCAAAUUGUCGGGAUAAUUUUGUCGAUUAUCGGCUUUCUUGGCACUAUCCUCAUCUGUGCACUGCCCAUGUGGAAGAUGUCUGCUUUCAUUGGAUCCAACAUUGUGACUGCGCAGGUGUUCUGGGAGGGCAUCUGGAUGAACUGUGUGAUCCAAAGCACGGGUCACGCUCAAUGUAAGGCUUAUGACUCUAUUUUGGCACUGCCUGAGUCUUUGCAGGCGGCCCGGGCCCUCAUCUGUGCCUCCAUAGGGGUGAGUGUGGUGGCUAUUGGACUUACAGUGGUUGGAGCAAGAUGCACUAACUUCUACAGACAUGACAGAAGAAUGAAGCUCAAUAUUGGGCUAUCAGGUGGAAUUGUGUUCAUUGUUGCAGGGGCCCUAUGUAUCAUACCUGUAAGCUGGUCAGCACAUAACAUUAUAACUGGAUUUUACAACCCAAUGACCAUAGAGGGACGUAAAGGAGAGCUCGGUGCAUGUAUUUACGUGGGAUGGGCAUCUGGAGCACUGCUGGUCAUCGGAGGAGGUGUCCUGUGUAGCACCUAUGGAUGUUAGUGUGACAUUGACACAUGACCUGCAGCUCAAAAUAGACUUCUCUAGUUUUGUUUCGGUGUUUUUAGCACUUUGAUUUUGUACUUUACUUAAAUUGGACUAAUGUCUCCUUUCCUUGACAAAUUACAUCUGUACCACUGUACCCACCACUUGGAUAAAUACAAUGCACAUAAUACACAA